AUGGAGAAGCCCAGCCCCACCAGGCGGCAAACUAGUAGUCUCUCCACUAUCUCCAACGGUAUGACCAUGACCAACGAUAAUAGGGAUACCACAAAUACCAACAGUGGCUCUACAAGCAGCAACAAUUCACAACCAUCUUCGUCUUCCACGCCACCAGCGGCCAGUGGACCCGUAACGGACAGAACCAAAGUCAACUAUGUACCAAAGAGCGACGAUCCGUCGUCAUUUCAAUACUACCCAGACGACCCGGAGAACCCGGUCAAUAAGUAUAAAUUCGCGUUAAAGGCUGACAGUCAGUACUAUGAUCCUUGUGAGGAGUCCUCCAAGCUCAGUUUUCAGUGCCUCGAGCGCAACGAUUACGACCGAUCCAAGUGCCAAGAAUAUUUUGACGCAUACCGCGAAUGCAAGAAACAAUGGCUGACAGCCAGGAGGAAAAACAGACAGCAGUGGGAAUGA